AUGAAAGCCUUGGAGUUGUUUCGCUUUAUCUACAGCGACAAGGCGAAGCUGAACGCCGAUAAUGUCAUGCAGUUGCUUUAUUUAUCAAAGAAAUAUAUGCUGCCUACUUUGGCUGAGAAGUGCUCUGCUUUCCUUAAAAAGAACUUAAACGCGUUAAACGUGUUUCACAUUUUGCCGGAUGCGCAGAAAUACGAAGAGAAAGAUUUGACGAAUCAAUGCUGGAAAUUGAUUGAGACAGAGACGGAAGAAGCUGUAAAAUCAGAGAGUUUCGUUACAGUUGAAAGGUCGGCACUGGAGGAGUUAGUGGAGAAGAAUUCACUGAAUAUCAAAGAAGUGGAGUUAUUCAAAGCUAUCGAUUACUGGGCUGAAAAAGAAUGUGAAAAGCAAGGUCUCCUAGCUGAAGGCUCCGUGAAAAGAAGAGUCCUUGGGGAACGCGUUGUUCAAGGAAUUCGUUUUCCAGUGAUGGAGGAAAGAGAAUUUGCUGAUUUCGUCCUCGAUUCUGAAAUACUUACACCCCGAGAGACGAACCGUCUGGUAAAGUAUUUUAACUCUGUGCUUAAUGAUCCAGUGGGAUUUCCUGACGCCAAGAGAGGUGGGCACAAAUUUGUAGUUUCUAGGUUUAGAUCACUAGGUAGGGGCUGGCGCUCACUCCUUCCAGACUGUAUAUGUUUUGAAGUUGACAAGGACAUACAUCAACACGCAAUACAACUUUUUGGAAGCGACAACAGCGAACAUUCAGUAACACUCGAGGUGUUCGAUCAUAACAUCGGCGAAACUGUUAGAAGGCAAGAAGGCAUUUUUUUAUCUAGGCAGAUAAACUGUGAAAUUGGAGAUCACCAAGGCUUUGAUAUUGUAUUUGUGCCGUCUAUUGCAAUAAAAGCAAACAGACGGUAUCUAAUUUCAGUUACCAUUGCUGGUCCCCCAUCUUGGUAUGGAACAAAUGGCUGCUUUACUGUAGAACAUUCUGGAGUGACAUUUCAUUUUUACUCGGUUUCAAGACCCACCAGUUGUGAAAAAGGACAAAUUUCUAAAUUUGUGUUUACUCUGGACUGA